AUGUCGCUGCUCUGGGUGGACAAGCACCGCCCCAAGAGCCUCGACGAGAUGGACUUCCACCACGACCUCGGCGCUCGCCUCAAGCGCAUCGCCAAGUCUGGCGAGAUGCCCCACAUGCUGAUCGCGGGGCCCACCGGGUCGGGGAAGGCCACACGGGUGCAGGCGCUGCUGCGCGAGAUCUUCGGGCAGGGCGUCGAGAUGAGGAAGGUCGAGACCCGGCAGGUGGCACCGAACCCGAGCACGCCGUCGAACACCAUCGACAUCCAGGUGGUGGUGUCGAACCACCACCUCUCGGUCACGCCCUCGGACAUCGGCAACAAGGACAGGGCGGUGAUCAUGCAACUGAUCAAGGAGGUGGCCCAGCACCCGCCCAUCGGCGGGCACCCCUUCAAGGUGGUGGUCAUCGAGGACGCCGGCUGCCUGUCGACCGAUGCGCAGGCGGCGCUGCGGCGGACGAUGGAGAAGUUCAUGAAGACGUGCCGGAUCAUCCUCACCUGCGACAGCGUCUCGAAGAUCAUCGCGCCGCUGAGGAGCCGAUGCCUGCCCGUGCGGGUGCCCGCCCCCUCCGCGGAGGACGUCCGGGCCGUGCUGCAGAAGGUGGCGCAGAAGGAGAACGUGAAGCUGGCUCCAGAGUUUGCCCACAGCAUCGCAGAGGCCACGAACCGGGACAUGCUGCGCGCCCUGCUGAUGCUGGAGAGCGCGCAGGCUCAGGCCAAUAGCCAGUCCCUGGGGAAGGAGAUGGCCUGCCCCCGCGAGGCGUGGGAGCAGGCCAUCGACCGGGUGGCGAAGAAGAUCCUCUCGGACCAGAGCCCGAAGAUGGCGAUGGAGGUGCGGGCGAACAUCCCGGGCGGGCGGCGACGAGGCGACGGGCACUGGAGAGGCCUCUGGAGGCCUCUGGAGGCCUCCAGAGGCUGCGAGGAGGAGGAGGAGGAGGAGGAGGAGGAGGAGGAGGAAGAGGAGGAGGAGGAGGAGGAGCAGGAGGAGGAGGAAGAGGAGCCCCUGGAGGCCUCUGCGGGGGCCGCGCGGCGGGGCCUCCAGCGGGCCCGAGGCCUCGGCUCUCUCGAGCGCCGGGGCCCUCGAACCCACGGGAGGUGCCCUCGGGAGGCGCCCUCCGCCACGGCGCCUUCGGGGCGCGAGGCGGCGGCUUCCCGCCGCGCGUGGUCGGGGGCGGCAACGAGGGGGGUGAUGACGAGUGUGUGUGGGUGCGUGUGGAUAUACAGUGCCGUUGUUAAUACAUGCUCCGCGUGCGGAUCAUGUAUUACAAAUGCAGGGAUUUAG